AAAAGGAGGCGGUUUGCCUUUGUAGUCGGGGAGGAAUGCGGAAAUGUCCUCGCUCCGUGUCAAACCUCUCUGAAGGGGGUCAGGCCACAUUCAGCCGGCGUGGGAAAGCCAGGCAGAGCCGGAGCUCACACGGGCGAGCGGGGCUGCAGUUGCAUGGGGCUAUCCGGGGAUAUAUGGCAGAAAAAAGAAGAAGAAAGAAAGGAGAAAAUCCAAAGAAGAGCGUGGUUUUGGAGGGCCGUAUCACGCGUUUGCCUUUGUCCUCUGACCCCCCCAUCCUACACCCCCUUCCCCUCAACCCCCACCCACACACAUACACACAAAGUUGCAGUGAGAGUGUGGGUGUGUGAGUUUUCGUACAGCCCUCCGCCGCCACCUCCCUCGUUUGAGUGUCUCUGCCUGGGCUGGUGCAGUCUGAGGGAUGGGGGAUUAGAGCCUGCACCGUCCAACUACCUGUGUGGCCCCCGCAUGGAGGACAGUGGACAGGGAUGCGUUUGAUGCACUUCUUUUUUUUUUUAAAUCCGAGAAACGAAUGCCUCCUCAGCAUUUCCUCGGACAUGCCGAAGUUGCGACAUUUUUAUUGACAACAUAUACCAAGUGGUAGGAGGACAUGAGUUGCUGUGCGUAAUAGGAGGAGGAGGAGUGGAAGUCGGGACGCAACGGGGCUCUUGUGUUGAUAGUCGGAAUAAAACAUCAUGACAGUCCUGUUGUUGCCUACCUGGAGCACCGUUUGACCAAAUCUGACAAAGAUGGUGUCUUCCUCCAUCUGUGUCUCCCUGUCAUCUAGGCAUUGCAUGUGCCAACUUUUUUCUGUGAAUAUGCCUUUGUGAGGAACCCUCUGGCUCGUCAACCUCGCCGGGAUUCCCCGCAGUAGUUUCAACAAGAGACGAGAGGGGCAAAAAAAAGAAAUCUGCAAAAAUGGACAAAGAAAGUACUGGUACUCAAUAUGAACCCGUGGCCGAGAUUGGAGAAGGCGCUUAUGGGAAAGUGUACAAGGCGAGAGAUUUGAAGAACGGCGGACGCUUUGUAGCCCUAAAAAGGGUUCGUGUCCAGACGGAGGAAGAGGGGAUGCCUCUCUCCACCAUCCGGGAGGUGGCGGUACUGAGGCAGCUGGAGGCCUUUGAGCACCCCAAUGUUGUCAGGUUGUUUGAUGUGUGUACGGUCUCCCGGACUGACCGAGAAACCAAGCUCACCCUGGUUUUUGAGCACGUGGAUCAGGACCUGACCACCUACCUGGAGAAGGCCCCCGAUCCUGGAGUACCACCCGAGACCAUCAAGGAUAUGAUGUACCAGCUGCUCCAGGGGCUGGACUUCCUGCACUCGCACCGUGUGGUACACCGUGACCUGAAGCCCCAGAAUAUCCUGGUCACCAGCGGAGGACAGAUCAAGCUGGCCGACUUUGGUCUAGCCCGCAUCUACAGCUUCCAGAUGGCGCUCACCUCUGUGGUGGUGACACUGUGGUACAGAGCCCCAGAGGUGCUCCUCCAGUCCAGUUACGCCACACCAGUGGACCUGUGGAGUGUCGGCUGCAUCUUCGCUGAGAUGUUCAGGAGAAGACCGCUAUUUCGAGGAAACUCAGAUGUUGAUCAGCUGGGGAAAAUUUUUGAUGUUGUUGGGGUACCUACAGCAGAGGACUGGCCCCAGGAAGUGGCCCUACCACAGAGUGCUUUCACUCCCCGGCCCCCUAAACCCAUAGAGGACUUGGUUCCAGACAUGGACGAGCAAGGACGGGCCCUCUUAAUGCAAUUCCUCGCCUUCAACCCCUCCAGGAGGAUAUCGGCCUUCGCUGCGCUCAGCCACCCCUACUUUCAAAGUGUGGACAGCCACAGUAGGAGUGCGUACGCGGCCCAGCCAAUCCCCACCAACAAGCCCACUAUGGAGGAGAGGACUGCCUGACUGUCCUCCUUCACCCUUAAUCAUCCCAUACAGUGUCUAUAAAAAGUAUUGUGCGUACCCCGCCUUGGUAUUUUACAUGUUUUAUUGUUUUUACAGCGUUCAAUCAAACUGUGUUAAUAAAGCUUUUUUGGCACUGAUAUACAGAUAAAUCUUAAAUGUCAAAUUGAAAGUAAG